AUGGACUAACAGAAACACAAUGAUGUGUGAUGCAUCUUUUUCUCCUUAGAUGGCAGAAGGCAGAGGUAACAGGCAUCGCCCCCGUAAUUUGCAAGGUGUGCUUCAGAUGGCUGUGGAGGCCAGUUCUGCUUCUGAAGAUCCAGCUCCACGAGAACCCAUGACGCAAGAGAGGAUGGAGUUUCUAAGAGGAGCUCUUGCGGAAGUGUGUAAAGGACAGAUGGAUGAGGUCGAGCAGAUGAAACGCUGUUUGGAAGUGCUGUGUAGAGAUGAAUGCAAGGAGAGAGGGAGCGAGGAGGAAGAGGAAGAGGAGGAUGAGCGAGAGGAAGCGCUGGAAACGCUUUCUGAGCUCUGCGAGAACUUGGACAAUGCAAGAGAUCUGAUGAAGCUGGGCGGUCUGGAUUUGUGUAUGUCGCGGUGUCUCUGUCACUCCGAGGCCGGGAUUCGAUGGAGGGCGGCUCAGCUCAUUGCCAGCUGUGCCCAGAACAUGCCAGAGGUGCAGUUCUACCUGCUCAACCAGGGGGCACUGCUGCUGCUCCUGCAACUCACAGAUCAUGACGCAAACAACACUGUUAGAGUUAAAGCACUCUACUCAGUGUCCUGUAAGUAUAAAUGUGCAUAAAGGUAGAAGUCUUGAUUGAUAUUGACCAAGUUUUAACAUUGGA